GUCGCGUCCGCGCUCCGGUCGGGGUUCGAGUGUGCGCAGGCGCGGCGGGGCGCGGAUAGCCCCAGUGGGUGGGCGGCGGAGCCCGGGAGCGCGCGGGCGAGACCAUGGCGGGCAGCAGCACGGGGGGCGGAGGCGUCGGGGAGACGAAGGUGAUUUACCACCUGGAUGAGGAGGAGACUCCCUACCUGGUGAAGAUCCCAGUCCCCGCCGAGCGCAUCACCCUUGGAGACUUCAAGAGCGUUCUGCAGCGGCCCGCGGGGGCUAAGUACUUUUUCAAGUCCAUGGAUCAGGAUUUCGGGGUGGUGAAGGAAGAAAUUUCAGAUGACAAUGCCCGCCUGCCCUGCUUCAACGGAAGGGUGGUAUCCUGGCUAGUGUCGUCAGAUAAUCCCCAGCCUGAGACGGCCCCCCCGGCCCACGAGCCGCGGACAGAACUGGCGCCACCACCCCCACCUUUACCUCCUCUGCCCCCGGAGAGGACCAGUGGCAUUGGGGACUCAAGGCCUCCAUCCUUCCACCCUAAUGUGUCCAGCAGCCACGAGAACCUGGAGCCAGAGACAGAAACGGAGUCCGUGGUGUCCCUGAGGCGGGAGCGGCCCCGCCGGAGGGACAGCAGCGAGCAUGGCGCUGGGGGCCACAGGCCCAGCGGCCCCUCGAGGCUGGAACGCCACCUGGCUGGGUACGAGAGCUCCUCCACCCUCAUGACCAGUGAGCUGGAGAGUACCAGCCUGGGGGACUCGGAUGAGGACGACACCAUGAGCAGGUUCAGCAGCUCCACCGAGCAGAGCAGCGCCUCCCGCCUCCUCAAGCGCCACCGGCGGCGGAGGAAACAGCGGCCUCCGCGCAUGGAGAGGACCUCGUCCUUUAGCAGCGUCACGGACUCCACCAUGUCCCUCAACAUCAUCACAGUCACGCUCAACAUGGAGAAGUACAACUUCCUGGGAAUCUCCAUCGUGGGCCAAAGCAACGAGCGGGGAGACGGAGGCAUCUACAUCGGCUCCAUCAUGAAGGGCGGUGCCGUGGCGGCCGACGGGCGCAUCGAGCCUGGGGACAUGCUCCUGCAGGUGAAUGACAUGAACUUCGAGAACAUGAGCAACGAUGAUGCUGUGCGGGUGCUGAGGGACAUCGUCCACAAGCCCGGCCCCAUCGUGCUGACUGUGGCCAAGUGCUGGGAUCCCUCUCCCCAGGCCUAUUUCACCCUCCCCCGAAAUGAACCCAUCCAGCCGAUUGACCCUGCCGCCUGGGUGUCGCACUCUGCUGCGCUGACUGGCACCUUCCCAGCCUAUCCCGGCUCCUCCUCCAUGAGCACCAUUACAUCCGGGCCCUCCCUGCCUGAUGGCUGUGAGGGCCGGGGUCUCUCCAUCCACACGGACAUGGCAUCUGUGACCAAGGCCAUGGCAGCCCCAGAGUCCGGGCUGGAAGUCCGCGACCGCAUGUGGCUCAAGAUUACCAUCCCCAAUGCCUUUCUGGGCUCGGACGUGGUCGACUGGCUCUACCAUCACGUGGAGGGCUUCCCUGAGCGGCGGGAGGCGCGCAAGUACGCCAGCGGGCUGCUCAAGGCAGGCCUGAUCCGGCAUACCGUGAACAAGAUCACCUUCUCCGAGCAGUGCUAUUACGUCUUUGGUGACCUCAGUGGCGGCUGUGAGAGUUACCUCGUCAACCUGUCUCUGAAUGACAACGAUGGCUCCAGUGGGGCAUCAGACCAGGACACCCUGGCUCCUCUGCCUGGGGCCACUCCCUGGCCCCUGCUGCCCACCUUCUCCUAUCAGUAUCCAGCCCCACACCCCUACAGCCCCCAGCCCCCACCCUACCACGAGCUUUCGUCCUACACCUAUGGAGGGGGCAGUGCGAGCAGCCAGCACAGUGAAGGGAGCCGGAGCAGCGGGUCUACACGAAGCGAUGGGGGGGCUGGGCGCACAGGGAGGCCUGAGGAGCGGGCCCCCGAGUCCAAGUCCGGCAGUGGCAGUGAGUCGGAGCCCUCCAGCAGGGGGGGCAGCCUUCGCCGGGGCGGGGAACCUGGUGGGACUGGUGAUGGGGGUCCUCCCCCGUCCAGGGGCUCCACAGGGGGUGCUUCCAAUCUCCGAGCCCACCCAGGACUCCAUCCCUACGGACCACCCCCUGGCAUGGCCCUCCCGUAUAAUCCCAUGAUGGUGGUCAUGAUGCCCCCGCCCCCACCCCCUGUCCCUCCAGCGGUACAGCCCCCAGGGGCCCCUCCGGUCAGAGACCUGGGUUCUGUACCCCCAGAACUGACAGCCAGCCGCCAGAGCUUCCACAUGGCCAUGGGCAACCCCAGCGAGUUCUUUGUGGAUGUUAUGUAGAGCCGUUGGGGCCAUGUCUGACUCCUCGGUGCUCCUGCUCCGUGGCUGGUGUCUGCCAGUCGCGCACCUGUUACUCCCCACAGUGCCUGGGCUCAGCCUGGCGGCUGCCGCCCACACUAAACUUAUUGCCACUGUGACUCACCAGCAGUGCCUGGUCCUUCCCCUCCCGCAGGGGUACACAAGGGACCUGUGGUUACUCUUAGCUUUAUUAUUUUUUAUAAACUUUUUGGGGGUUAAAGUAUACUUUGUUACAUUUUGGGGACUAUUUUUUUAAUAGACAUUUCCUUUUUUAUAUGAAGAAUUCCCAUUUCCUGGGCCCUUUCUUCUAACCCCAGAAUGUGGCCUCCUCCAGUCACCCCGUUGGCUCUGCCCUACGCAGGGUGGGGAGUGGUCCGUGGUACCCUGGGAGGAGAAGGGGUUUGGGCCCCCCAGACAGCAGGCCAAGGAAGCUGGGGUAUUUGGUACUGGGGCCUUGUAGCUGCCUUUGUUAUUCUAUUUAUUUUAGUCACUUGUAUAAAACACCAAAUAAAGCAAUAGAGGCAAACUC